AUGUUUCACUUUAAACUGCACUCUGCCAGCAAUCUUCCGAAAGCUGAUACCAUUGGUUCGAUCGAUGGCUACGCAUUAGUAAAGAUACCAAUUUCUGGUGGACUCUAUACCGAAUUCAAGACCUCUGUUGUGAAAAACAGUUAUGAUCCCAAGUGGAAAUUUACUUGUCCAAUAGUUCAUAAUCCUGACACUAGUAGAGAUGUAAUUGUUGUGAUUAUGGAUCAUGACAAGGUGGGCCAGAAUGAUUUUGUCUGCCACUGUAGAAUUUCCUUUGUAAAUUUGUUAACUCCGUGCAGAAAGAAUACAUGGAAGUUGGAGUGUGAAAAGGGUUUUUCUCCACAAAGAAAAGGUGAAGAUUGUCUCAUCAAAUUCUCUUCGUGUCUUUCACCAUCUUUUGAACAACUGGUUGAAAGUGUAAAAUCAAAGAAUGAGGAAACUAUUGUUGACUCUGCCAAGAAGCAAAUCUUGGUUAAAAUUCCAUCCACUGGUUAUUAUUUGAGAGCUAAAUACGGAAAGAAUUUAUCCCUAUCCAUCUAUGAUACAAUGCAAGAGAGAGCAGGAUUGGCCGAAUUUGUCAUUCCUGAACACAACUCUAUUGUGAAGAAUCAUUUCAGUUCAUUGCCUGAUACUUUGAAUGGAUUGAAGGUUUACAGACAAAUCAAAUUGAAGAAACAAUUAAUUCCUUCAGAUAUCUCAAAUAUUCAAAUUGGAAUCUCUCAACUUUCAACAGUGUUGGAAACAAAGGAAGGUGAUGUCACAAGGAAUCAUGGAUGGACUGGAUCAUUCAGUUAUCAAGAAGCCAAGAAGGUCCUCAAAAACGUCAUUUGUGAUGAUGGUCCUCAAACCAUCUACAUGAUUGAGGAUUACUUCUUUAUCAAAUGUGAUUGGGAUAGCUCAAAUGGUGAUGAAGUAAUUGGUCUAUUAGAUCCAUUCAAAUCUCAAGGUUAUCAUUUGGAAAACAAGUACAGCAGUAAGCGUGAAUUCUAUGUAAAAACAUUUGCAAAACCAAAGAAUGUACUCGGAACAGGAAAGACCUACUCCCUCACAUCAGAAGUUAAGGAUUUGGAGUAUCCUUAUUCCUUGUCCGAUAUUACCAUCACUCUCUCCAAAAAACAAGAUACUCAAUGCUAUCCUCUUUCCAAAUUUUUAUCUCAUUAA